AUGGAUGAGUCGUCAGAGGAGAUCGACACUCGGAUUGAUACUCUUCUUCAACAGCGCCAAUCGUUGACAGAUCAGCUGCUGGCAAGUCCAUACGAUCUCAUCGUCUAUCUCAAGCGCGCCGUCGUCUACGCCGACCUAGGCUAUCCCGAUCUGGCCGCUGGCGAUGCUUACCGAGCGCUCUUACUAAGCGAUGAAGUCCGCGAUGAAGGCUUUGAGUACCAUGACCAGGCGCUGGAAGCCUUGAGGGCCCAUGUAACCAGCACCGAUCUGGAGAUCCUCGAAUAUGGCUCCCUAUCGGGAAGCCGAUCUCGGCUGACCGAUCUCAAUGGAGUCCAGGAACCUUCUGAUCUUGCCUGCGUUGCAUCUGUGCGCUGUUUUCAGGUCUUGGCCCUGAGUCUCCUUCUCUGUGGGUGUCUAAAAAGCGCCUACAACUUCUGUGAGCGUGGCCUUGCAACCGCUUCCGAAAACCAGGAACUCAAGAAUACCAUGAAAUAUAUUCAGACCGUUGCUGAACGGAGGCUGCGCAAGGAAGUCUCGAGUGUCAACGACCUCCCGGACUGGGGAAUGGUACGAAGAGAGGUCUAUCCGUGGAACCAGUAUGAACCAGACCGCUUUUCCAGGCAGUCACUGAACUUUUUGAACAAGGAAAUGUCCGACAUGGCGCCCAAGUGUGCUAUACGCGUUACAGAACUACCCAUCCUGCUCGGAGAUGCCAGCGACACCGAUGGCUAUGAUAUUAUCCCUACUUGCAACCAGCUCGGGGUUUUCGCCAAAGAAGACAUUGCGCCGGGAGAAGAAGUUCUUGUGGAAUACAGCUUAGUGACUGCCAACAACCGCCUGAAGGACUCGGUAUGCGAUGCCUGCAGUGGCGACCUCCCGCCGCUGGGAAGUGAGUCGCCGGCUGUCCAAUGCCCGGAUUGCUACGAUACUGUUUUCUGCGACCAAUUCUGCGCUGACCAGGCGCAAGCACUAUACCAUCCAGCCGUCUGUGAAAAAGACGUCGACUCGAUCGCCAAGGAUCCUGAUGCGACAGAAGCAGGCGAGGCUCUUCAUCUUCUACUUCUUGCCCGUGUUCUUGCUAUGGCGGCCCACCAAGAGAUCCAUCCGCUCGAUGUCACUCAGGUCAAAUACAUCUGGGGAGACUUCGUCGCCUCGAGGGCCAAUGAAAUCAGCUUAUCUCCGAAUGCUGGCCCGCCUCCCGAAUGGACCUUACCCUUCUCCUUCACCUAUAAUAUCGAGACGCCGCUGCAUAUACUCGAGAAAAUGGAUAUCAACAUCUACACUAGUCUCUCGCGUCAUGACAUAUGGGUUUUCAACACGCUCUACAGCAAAUUUCGCGGCACUGCCUCCGCUCGGAAGAAUCCUAGAGAUGGGCGGCCGGACGUGGCUGCGGUGCAUCCAUUCUGGUGCCUCGCCAAUCAUGAUUGCAACCCAAACGUUACGUGGGACUGGGGUGGCCGGAUGGUGCUGAAAGCCAGAGAAAAGCGCGUCGUUGGUGACGCUCCUGGAGGCAUCAAAAGCGGCGACGAAAUCCUCAAUCAUUAUUGUGAUGUAGAUCUACCUGUCCAGCAGCGAAGGGAAUGGGCCUGCGGCAGUCUUGGCGGCUGGUGCAUGUGUCAACGGUGUCGAGACGAAGCCGCUACCGCUAUGGACUGCGACGGAUGA